AUGGGACAGAGAGAGUUGCUGUGUAAGCAGAGAGAAACAUAAAAGAAGAAUGUGAUCAGAGAUCAGCAUCAUUUAAAGAAAACACUUUGACUAACACCUUCAGCACUCUCCAGAAGCUAAAAUAUGGAGAUGGUUUACCAUAAUGAGGAUCGUGAAUAUGGAAACAUCCCUGAUGCCUCAGUCAGGCAUGUUGAAUCAAAGAUCUGCUCCGAUGAUGACAGGAAAGUGGCUGCUGCAGAGCCUGGUAUAAAACGGUCCAGGCUGGCUGCUGUGAUCCUUGGACUCCUUUGUGUGGUACAAGCUGCUGUCAUCAUUCUUCUUCUUUCUCCCUUUUCAGAGAGAGACGAGUUCAAAAGAACCAACUUUGAUGUUGAGACUAGUUUCAAAAACCUGACUGAGGAGAGAGAGGACCUGAAGAGGAAGCUGAAUAUCUCAGUUUCAGAGAGAGACGCUUUGAAGAGAACCAAGCUGGAUGUUGAGGCUAGUUUCAAAAACCUGACUGAGGAGAGAGAGGACCUGAAGAGGAAGCUGAAUAUCUCAGUUUCAGAGAGAGACGCUUUGAAGAGAACCAAGCUGGAUGUGGAGGCUGGUUUCAAAACCCUGACUGAGGAGAGAGAGGACCUGAAGAGGAAGCUGAAUGAAGUAGCUCAAGGAGGAUGGGAAUAUUUCAGUGGUAGUUUCUACUACAAAUCUUCUGUCACUAAAUCCUGGCAAGAGAGUAGAGAUGCCUGUCUUCAAAAGGGUGCAGACCUGGUGAUUAUAACAGCAAAGAAGAACAGGAUUUCAUAAUGAAAUUCAAGAAUGAAAUGUGGAUUGGCCUGACUGACUCAGAGACAGAGGGGACGUGGAAAUGGGUGGAUGGGACUCCACUGAACGAAAGCUACUGGAAUUUCGGGGAGCCUAACGGUG